CGGGUUCUUAUUGACGCUAUGAACCACGGUCAUAUUUUUGUGCAUAACAGCAGUAGGUCAUGCACCUGCGUGGUCGGAUAUAUAUAUUGACUAAUCCCUCCACUAAUUCCACUUCACGAUCUCAGCCUGCUUUAAGCCGAGAAACUUGAUAUAAAGAAUAGAUCGGUAGUACUACACCAAAGAAGGCAGAAAUAAGAGAUUAACGUUAUGGCUGGUAUUAACGACGGGGCGAAAUACAUAAAGUCUGUUCCAAGCGCAUUGAAAAUAUUGGAGAUUGUACUUCUGUUAGUCUCUAUCGGAUUUGUGGGAUAUUUCUGGGACAAUUGGCCGGGGAGAGACAGAGAAGACGGAGACUCGGACUUCAUCAAAGUGCUCAAAAAAGACACGGAUGAGUUCACCAAAACCGACUACAUUAAAAUCUUUCUGGGUUCAACAGUAGUAGCAGGAAUAGUUGCGCUUCUAUUUUUUCUAAUUUUUGUUGCUGGCAUACACAAGAAAAUCAAAUUUCUGAACUGGGGCAAGACGGCUGCUGUUUUUUUCUUUCUUACCGCCGUCUUGAUGCUGGUAGCUUCAGGAUUGUUGGCAAAUACCUUGAAAUACUACAAAGAUCACAAAGUUUGCGACGUAUUGGAGCUUUUCGACUUAGAUAGUCAAUGCAAACAGCUCACAGGAGGAGUGGUAUGCGGUUUCAUUGCUGGAGCUGUGUUUCUCGUCGACAGCAUAGUUCAUUUCAAACUGUGACGCAUGUUAUCAUCAUUAUGUACCAUAU